AUGGCAGACUACGAUACACAAAGUCAAUCCAGGGCCACGCCCACUUACGGUUACAACGAGAACCCGGAUGCUGAAGCUUACGAGAAAGCACGUGACCUGUUUGACCUCUUGGACGAAGACAGAGAUGGGCGACUCGAUGGGGACGAAUUUAUCAUGUUUGUUCAAGGUAUUGGUUUCAACCCGACCGAUAAAGGGGCACAGAAAAUUCUGGAGGAGGCUGAUCCCUACGACAGUGGAUACAUAGCCUGGGCUGACUUUGAAACGACCUUGACACAUCGGCUUCCUCAACUCCGAAUGGAAGAGGAAUCAUUACGCGAGGCGUUCCAGGUAUUUGACCACGACCGAGACGGAACCAUUACAAUAGACCAGCUAGAAACCAUCAUCAAUGGUGACGGAAGGAUUAAAGACGAUAUCAUUGAAAAACUACGGGAAUCUGAUAGAGACGGCAAAUUAGAAAUUAAUGAUUUAGUCAAAAUGAUUUUGGCAUGA